AUGACAUUCGAAUACCCGUCGCUAAACCUUCCUAAAAAGGCGCCUGGCUUUGGACAUGCCCUCCUGCCUUACUUCCUAUUCUCCAAGGGCUACGUCUGCUUGAACCAUGGCUCCUACGGCUCGCUGCCUAAACCGGUCUUCGAAUUCUCUACACAAGUGGCCAAGCAGAUUGAGGAGAACCCUGACCAGUUCAUGCGCGUGGAUCUCGUGAAUGUGCUGAGGGACCUGAGGGAAGAGAUCGCGCCGCUCAUCAACGCGGACGAGAGCGAGGUCGUAUUUGUGCCAAAUGCGAGCCAUGGAAUCAACACCGUACUCAGGAACCUGAUAUGGCAUCCUGAAGACGUUAUUAUUGGCGCCAGCACUACAUACAACGCCGUCGAGCGCGUCAUAACCUACCUCCACGACGUUCCCCCGCACCCCCGCGUCUCAACUUUCAGGCUCAGCUUCCCCACCUCCCGCGCCGAUAUCCUCGCUGCAUGGAAGAAACACAUCCAGGACUUGAAAUCCGACCUUGCGCGCAGGCAAUCCGCAAUCGGCGCGGAUGGCCCGAAGCUCAAGAUUGUCGCAGUCAUUGACGCGCUCAUCAGCAAUCCCGGCAUCUGGUUGCCGUGGCAGGAAAUGGUGAGGCUGGCUAGGGAGCAGGGUGUCAUGACCGUCGUGGACGCUGCGCAUGCUAUCGGGCAGGAGGUCGGGAUUGACCUCAAGAAGGUGGACCCGGACUUCUGGAUCUCCAACUGCCACAAGUGGUUGUUCGCGAAGCGUGGAUGUGCCAUCUUGUAUGUGCCGAAACGGAACCAACAUCUCAUCAAGUCGCCCAUCCCGACCCCGGCGGCAUACCACUCGCCAACGGAUGCUGACCCGUCAAUCUUCCAGGAGAUGUUCGGCUGGAACGGAACCGUCGACCACACGCCAUACGUCAGCGUACACGGAGCACUGGAGUUCCGGAAGUGGCUAGGCGGCGAAGAGAAGAUCAACGCCUACUGCCGUGACCUCGCGCUCAAGGGCGGAAGAUAUCUAGCUGAGAAGUGGGGAACGCAGACGAUGGACAUCUCCAAGGAUGGCGAGUUCACGCUCAACAUGUGUAACAUCGCCCUUCCCAUGUCCCCCGAACGCGUCCCCGAUACACCCAUGAACCGUGCGGUGAUGCAGUACAGGCUACUUGACGUCGCCCGCGUCAGCGCGCCCGUGUUCGUUCACAACGGCAAGUGGUGGGUGCGCUGCAGCGCACAGGUGUGGAACGAGCUGUCGGACUUUGAGUACCUUGGCAAAGUCUUGAGCGAGACUUGCAAGGAGGUCGAGGAGGAGAACGUUGCGGCCGGGAAUGUAAUGGUGAAGGCGAAGUUGUAG